UGCCAGAUCGCCCAGGAGGUCGCUGAGAGAAUCCAGGAGCGUAACCGGUACCAAAGGAACGGGGAGAGUUCGGCCAAGCUCAAUGUGAUGAUCAGAUCGUCGUUGCAGAAUCUCACAGAGAAGAUCGAUCAGCUGAAGGACUUACUGCUUCGGGCUGUAUCAACACACCAAAUCACACAGCUGGAGGGAGACAGGAGGCAGAAUUUGGUGGAUGACCUUCUCACACGACAGAAACAACUUCAGGCAUCUUACAAGAAUGAAGGCGCAGAACCAGAUGUGAUAAGAUCUAGCCUAAUGACGGGAGGAGUCAAACGAGGUGUAACCAACCCGUGGCUCUUGGAAGAAUCUGAGGAAACCAGAGGGCUUGGCUUUGACGAUCUCAGGCAGCAGCAGCGAAGGAUCAUAGAAGAGCAAGAUGCUGGACUUGAUGCUCUUUCUUCAAUCAUCUCCCGGCAAAAGCAAAUGGGGCAGGAAAUUGGGAAUGAGCUGGAUGAACAGAACGAGAUCAUCGACGACCUCACUAACCUGGUUGAAAACACAGACGACAAGCUUCGCAACCAGACGCGGCACGUAAAGAUGGUGGACAAGAAAUCAACGUCCUGCGGAAUGCUGGUGGUGAUUGUGUUGCUGCUGAUCGCGAUUGCUGUGGUUGCUGUCUGGCCGACACACUAAUGUGGAUACGGGGCCCGUCGGAGCUGCUGCUCGACAGCUGAGCGCAGAGGACUCCAGAGAAGAGACCGACUUUGUGCAAACACCUUCUGUGUUUUAAAUAAACUCCACAGUAUGAGAAUGAAGCUGUGUCCGACAGACAUCCGUUCUUCCUUCGGCACACAGCUGAAGAGCGCUGCGUGAUUUGGAGGGCUUGAACUUGAAAAGGACUCUCUUCCCACCUUCAUUUGGCAUUCGGGAGGCUGCAGCUGGCUGUACGAUAGAUGCACUUCUCGGCGCGUCUGCGUUUGAGCCCGUGCUGGUGUCGGGGUGCUGCCUGCCCGGCCCGCCGCCGCUUCUGCUGAGCGGUCAGUCGUCCGGAGGGCUUUAAAAUAUUAAAAUAAAGGUGUGGUUUGGGAGUACAGCGGUGGCACUCCUCUGCUUUCUGAUAACCUUCCUUCGGAAUGAACAUUCUUACUUGUUUCAAGGAAUAAAUGUUUUUGGGGAAUGACUACACCUGGAUUCUCGCAGGGUGGGACGCGAGAGCACGCG